AUGGCCACCGAAGCGGAGAAGGCGCAGGUAGGAACGCAUCCCAUCCAAGAAACAAAUAAAUUAAUUAGUAGUUCGAACGUAAUGAAUAAUGAGCGACCGGCGGCGUGGAACUUGAAGGGCCGCAGCGCAGUUGCCGCCUUCGAUCCCGUUACACGCCACCGUAUCCUCCAGUCCCAAACAAUGGCCGCUUGCUUUCAUCGUCCGCUAAUGGCAACGAUGGAGGACCUCAUUUCCGUGUCGUACGUCGGCGGAUUGAGUGGUCCACUGCGCAAACCUGAACCGUUUAUUUGCCUUAUUGCGAGGGUGCUGCAAAUAACGCCAAACACCGCUAUUGUGAUGGCAAUGCUUCGGCAGGACGUGCAUAAAUAUUUGCGCGUUGCGGCACUCUUCAUCAUUAGGCUUAUUGGAAAUGGCACCGCGAUGCGUGAGGCUCUUAGGAUAGGAUGGAAUGACUACAGGAAAAUACGCGUCUAUGGAAGCAAAGAUGAUUGUACAUGUGAAACUAAAAGCCAAGAUGGUGAAAAAGCGGAUACGAAUGAAGUGGAGGGGGAGGCGCUGGUGGCGGCGCCAAUUCACGCAAUCAUGUGCGUAGAUGAAAUCACGGAUCGUUUGUUCAACACCGGGCGAGAGGGUUACAGCAGCACAUGGUUAGGAGUUAACUUUUCUCCGCUCCUGUGA